ACCUUUGACGUGUGAGUUUCUAAAAACAACCUGACAGCCGGGCAACAGCUAGCCAAAGACCCAUGUGAAACUGCAAAAGGGAGUGUACUGGUCUGCGCCAUGGUUUCUGUCUCUUAAGCAAACUUGUAUUGGAUUAAUCAAGUAGGCUAUAAGACGAUCCAUACGGAAAGUUAUUUUUACGGUGAGGACAAUGGAUAGCCUGGCGAAGGAACUCAUUUGUCCCAUUUGUUUGGAGAUGUUUUCAAAGCCAGUGGUAAUUCUUCCAUGUCAACACAACCUUUGCCGCAAAUGUGCUAACGAUGUGUUUCAGGCAUCCAACCCCUACCUACCCACUAGAAGCGGCUCGCUGACAUCUGGAGGCCGUUUCAGAUGCCCAUCCUGCCGACAUGAGGUUGUGUUGGACCGACAUGGAGUCUAUGGGCUGCAGAGGAACCUCCUGGUGGAAAACAUCAUUGACAUGUACAAACAACAGUCGAGCAGCCCCAGCCAACCUGCCCCGGAGGCGAAACCAGAGCAGCCCAUGUGUGAGACUCACAAGGACGAGAAGAUCAACAUCUAUUGCGUGACGUGUAGCACCCCCACCUGCUCCAUGUGCAAGGUAUUCGGGGACCACAAAGACUGCGAGGUAGCCCCUCUCAACAGCGUCUUCCAAAAUCAGAAGUCAGAGCUGACGGACAGGAUAGCGAUGAUGGUGAGCAGCAAUGAGAGGGUCCAGGGCGUCAUCAGCCAACUGGAGGAGACCUGCAAGAUUAUAGAGGAGAACAGCAGGAGGCAGAAGUCCAAGGUGUGUGAGAAGUUUGACCAACUCUACGCCAUCAUGGAGGAGAGGAAGAGGGAGAUGUGCCUGACAGUGUCGGCCGAGCAGGAGGAGAAGCUCAACUACAUCCAAGGCCUGAAGCAGAAGUAUACUGAUCACCUGGAGACCAUGGCGAAGGUCGUGGAGACAGGGAUUCAGACAAUGGAGGAGCCUGAAAUGGCUGUGUUCUUGCAGACUGCAAAACCUCUUCUGAAAAAGAUCACUGAGGGCUCCGACACGUCCCAUCUGGAGAAAGUGGAGCGAGGUUAUGAGAACAUGGAUCACUACACUGCCAGCUUUCUGAAAGAGAGAAAAGCACUGUGUGGCAUCGACUUCAUUGAAGAUGAUGAAGAGGAGGAGGAGCAGGAGGAGGAAGAAGGUGCUGGAACAGAGGAGGAGCAAGCAGUGGGAGGAGCUUCAGAUUCAGGAGCCACGCCCCUACCAGCCCAGAGCGCCAUUAAAGCCACUGCGUCCUCCUAGCUAAAGUUAGGAAACACACACACACACACACACACACACACAUAACACAUAACACACAUUCACACACAGACACACCUUAAAUGUGUCAUAAGCAACAAUUCACGAUAUGUUAAAAAACUAAAAAUGUUGUUGGUGCGGUUUUACAAACGAUGAGAAGAUAUGGAGUAUCAUAUGGAAAAUGUAUUUAACCAGAAAUGUCAUGAAUGUUUUGAAAGGUGUUUUUCACCCUCUUUUGUAUGUUGUUGGUAAAUCUGAAGAGGUUCCUGAUGUUAGUGAUAUCCUGUGAUUUUUACCUGUUCUACUUGUUUUUUCUUAUGGAAAAGACAUACACAUGCACACACACACUCAGUUUUCUUAUAGAAAACACACACAAAUGCACACACGAACACAAACAGCUAGCUCAGGUAAGAGAUUGAACUACUGAGAAUUGAAUUUUUUCCAGCCCUUUCAGUCAAUGACUACUCUCUGCACUGUGGACACAGGAGCUCCCAGAAGGCAUGGAGCCCAGCGCUGGCUCAUAGAAUGAUUAAAGCUAUCUGUAUUGCUCA